CAGCUGUGAAAACUACCGCAAAUUAACUAUGUCAGUUUUGUCAGUUACCCUCAUUCCGGCAACAGUCUGAUUUUCGAUUCGUGAAAACUUUGAAAUGUCUGGCCACAAAGUAACGAUAACCGAAACUUCCGGCGAUUUAUUCGCAGCUCCAAAGGAAUAUUCUAUCGGUCAUUGUGUGUCAGCAGAUUUACGAAUGGGAAAAGGAAUUGCUGUUAAAUUUCGCGAUACCUUUGGUCAAAUUCAAAAAUUAAAGAAUCAAAAUGCACAAACUGGCGGCCUGGCAGUGCUUAAAGAUGAUAAGAGAUUCAUUUAUUAUAUGGUUACGAAAGCGACGUUCUACCAGAAACCCACCUACCAAAGCAUGUAUUCGUCGUUAACAGCGGUUAAAGAUCAUAUGAAAUUGAACAACGUCACAAAACUUGCUAUACCGAAAAUUGGUUGCGGCUUGGAUGGUCUGAACUGGGAUAAAGUUAAGGAUCAAUUGUAUGAAGUGUUUUCAGAGGAAGCAUUCGAUAUUGUUGUUUACAAUUUUGUGGCGAAAAAAUAAAAUGGUUUUUGUAAUCUA